AUAAAAAUACUUUAACCCAAAAGAAUUACUACCGGUAGACUAGUUGAAGCUCUUUCAAGACCCUAGCCAGCGUUUCGGGAGGAGAGCAUGUAUAAGGAGAGUGGACUGAAGUCAGAGGUAGUCGAUCGGAAACGGUUGUACGAGCUUUACGAUAAUGGGGCGUGUCAUCCGAUGUUUCAGACUAGCAGUGGAGCAUCGAACUCCGUCAAGCAAUUGCACGACCACAGCAAUCGUGAUUCACGUUCUGACGACACAGACAGCAAAGAAUCUGGGAUCAGUACUGGUUUUGAUGUAAAGGACGACACCUCAUGGAUAUCUUGGUUCUGCAACCUACGUGGGAACGAGUUAUUCUGCCAAAUUGAUGAUGAUUACAUUCAGGAUCAAUUUAACUUGUGUGGACUCAUCCAUCAAGUUCCCUACUAUGACUACGCCCUUGAUUUGAUUUUGGAUGUUGAUUUUACUCAUGGUGAGAGGUUUACAGAGAAACAAUAUGAAUUGGUCGAGUCAGCUGCAGAGAUGCUAUAUGGAAUGAUUCAUGCUCGUUACAUAUUAACAACCCAAGGGCUGGCUUCUAUGUUAGACAAAUACAAAAACCAUGACUUUGGAAGAUGCCCAAGAGUUUAUUGUGGUGGCCAGCCUUGUUUACCGAUUGGUCAAUCUGAUAACCCUUUAGCAAGUACCAUUAAGAUAUACUGCCCCAAAUGUGAAGACGUGUAUUACCCAAGAUCGAAAUACCAAGCAAACAUAGAUGGAGCUUACUUUGGGACAACGUUUCCACAUCUGUUCCUGAUGACGUACGGAGAUAUGAAGCCACAAAAAGCCUCGCAGAGCUACGUUCCUAAAGUGUUUGGGUUUAAGUUACACAAGCCGUAAAGGAAAAGAAAGUAGAGGAACCAGGUACAAGAGCAUCAUGCGUUUUGAGAAAGCAGGAGACGUGUCAACCAAACGAAAUGUGGAACUAGUUUAUCUUAAACCUAGGUUAACGUGUAAUAUUAAAACUGUAAUACUUAUGUUACCAGGGGCGAGCCUCCGCGCUUGCUGUCUUCGUUGUUUUGCUGUUUAUUAUUGUUGCAAUUGGAGGAAAAUGUGUAGGUUCGUGGUUUAUUUUUGUACAUUUUGGACUACGAUUGAUGGAUUCAUAUCUAUGUUUUUGUUUUU